AAGGCCGCAAAACUUUGCGAGUCCGAAGAACGGCUAUGUUCCGGAGGAUGAGAUUUCAUCGUCGGAAGAAUUUCGGAUUGUCUUUUAACUAUUGACAAGAGAGAGGAACGCUGUCGAGAUACCAUUCGCAAAAAUCUUCGUGACAAUGGAAUGUUUCGCAUGGGAAGAAAUCGGUUGAUAGUGGAAACUCGAGUCGCGAUUCAUCAUCGGGGCGAUUUCCGACCGGCCGAGAGGUGUGCAAAAAUGUUACACGAGUUUAGAGAACUUAGUUUAGGAUCCUCUUUCGCCUUUUUCUAUCGUCCAUUGUUGCUGCCGCAUUUAUUACGUCUUCCCAUAAAAAUCGUGUACGAGGAUGAUUGGAAGGACAUCGCUGCUAGAACAAAAAAGACUCCAGUGGGCGAAAGAAAGGGAAGAAAUGGCUCGUCUAGGCGUUAAUUGGGGAACUCUGAAGUCAAAUAGCAAUUACAACCGCACUCACAUCCGCACUUAUUCGAACGAAGUCAGAUUGUCCUUAGGGGAAUUAAAGGAUAGAUCUCCCGUACAACCCUUCCGUACAGUCGGACAUUACGGGAGCACCAUCAGUCUAAAAAGUCUAGCAACGGACAGUUCAGGGAAUGGCAACAACAAUCUCAAAUGCCUUGAUUAUAACGGUGGCAGUUUAAUUAAUCUUCGAGACCAGGUGGAGACCUCACAAGUCAGACACAGAAGUCCCAGUCUGCCUCCGAUCUUCAAUAAGGAACAACAGCAGUAUUUUUGCCAGCUGGAACAACAACAGCGUGACUUCGGCGUGGAGGGAUCGCGAUACCAGUCACAGAGAGCGCAAAAACUGGAACACCAUUGCCAUCGAUCCAACGAGCAUCGCGAGAACCAAAAAGAAACUCGACAUUACGGCUCGCCGGGCGAGGAACGCGAAGGCGAAACUUCCGGUUACGCCAGCGAUUCCGUGGAUGUACCGCAGGCAGGGCAAAGAGUUCUGCCUGAUAAAGCAGCGAUCAGGAUGGAAAUGACGGAAAAAACAUGGCAAAAUCCUUACUGCACUACGCCGGAAAGUUCACUGCCACCAUCGAGAAGGCUUUCGCCAGGCAAAAUGGGUGAACUCAACAGGCCAAGGUGGGGCGGUGUCUGGGGUCAAGAUGCAGCUAGAGGUGACCCACCGCCGCCUUCUUGGCUAUCAAGAUUAGGACAGUCGAGCCAAGUUCUAGUGAUCAAUCACGACAGCGCCAGCAGCCCGGAUAGUUCAACGACUGGCUCAACCGGCUCCGAUAUCAAUAAAGUAUCUUAUCUUCGGGGUCAAAAUAUUCCUAUGGACGCGGAGAUCCUUCAAGAACGCGAAAUGAAACGUCAGAAAGCGCUAGAGCUUCAAAACGCUAUCAAACAGCAACUCGAGGAAAAAGACAGACAAAGGAAAGAAGAGAAAGAGCGGCGGCUGAGAGAAGAGAUGUUGGAAGAAGAACGAAUCCGGCGAGAGAGAGAAAGAGACAAAGCAAGAUUUGAAGAAGAGCAGCGAAUAAUACGCGAAAAGGAGGAGGCGAAGUUGAGGAAGACGCAAGCCAUGCGCGAGGUGUUGGAAGCUGCGGAACGGUUGGCAAAGGAAGAUGGGAAGAAUCGACGAAAGCGAGAGGAACAUACCGACGAAGAUACCGACGUUGUGACGCAAUUUUCCAACGAGUCGAAAACAAUAGCAAACAUAAGCGACAAGCGCGAAGAAGAGAGUUGUUCGCAAGAGCAAAGCGCAAGUUUGAUCAAUCAUCCUGAAGAAAAAUCCAGCCUGAAGGCUCAAGAGACCGACAAUUGUCGGGAAAGCGGGAACGAUAAAAAUCCGAGAGAAAUUUGUCCACGGAAAAAUUACGCAGACAAAUCGGCAAAGACCAUGCUGGCCCUGAAUGUGAGCAAGGACGUGGCGAUCGUGCUGAGCGGCCGGCUAGAGGAUCCCGAAAUUUUGAGCAGAGCGAAUCUGCAGCUGGUGAACCUGGUGAUGACGCCGAGCCCGCGCAAAUUCGCAGAGAGCGCCGCGGAUUAUUUCUCGCUAGGGCUCAAUACGAUCAUGAGGAAUAACACAAGUCCCAGGAAUCCGAGGAGGUCGUCGAGGGACGCCUCGUCGACUGUUGUGGAGAACAGACUGUUGACGCCGAGCAAAUACAGAAUGCCAGCCGGUCGGGACUUCGGCACUCAGACAGAUGUGGAAUCCGAUGUCCAGGAGCUACGGGAGAAGCUACAGGAUCAGUCGGUCGGAGACCAAGGUACCAUGAAGGAGCGGAAGGACACGACAAACGCCAACCGUAGAAACGUUGAAAAUUCAAUAAUAAGGUUGAUGAUCGUAAAGACGCUUUACCGUGAAAUGUCUGCCGAUUCGCGCGAGGAAAAUACCCAAUCAAAUAAUAUGGGUCCUGGCGAAGAAAUUCCUGUAAAAACUCUUCCGCGAGCCAAAUCGCAGCCCAGAACUACGCUCGAUAGCAGACCGCGAUGGAACGCCAAUCGUCCAGGUACACGAUAUCGAACACAAAGUGAGAAAGAUCCGCACUAUCAAAGACGACUGCGAUUAAGAAGACGACAAAUCGAAUCCAGCGAUGAAGGAUCUAGAUCACCGUCCCCCGACCGACGGAAAUCAAAUAAUGGAAAAUCAAAGAGCCGAAGCACUAUAAGACGUAAGGCAAAACCCGAGAAUUAUGACGCCGAUCUGUCGAUGGACAGUCUGAAUUCCGUUGUGCCUUUGCGAAUCGACAAAAAUGGGAAAAUUAAUAUCGAGAAUCAUGCUGAGAAAUCACGGUCAGGGAAUGAUAUGAGUCACACAAAAAAAACGGAUGAAGAUAGUUCUAAUAUCUGGUGCGGACAGGAAAUUUUGUCCAAACUGUCAUCAUUGAGAAGCGGACUUCUGAUGAAGCAGAUCGAGUGGGAUUCCGAGCGAUGUCUGGUCUCACCCACUGCAUCCGAAAUCUUUUAAAUGCCUACAGGAUUUUCUUAUCAUUAAAACAUCAUUCUGUUUUCCUUUUCA